AUGGAGUCCGGCAUUCCAUCCGACCCCCCAUCACGUUCUUUAGCCAACAAAGUCGCCAUCGUAACAGGCGCAGGCUGCCUGGGCGAUGGAAUCGGAAACGGACGCGCCAUUUCAAUACUUCUUGCCGAUGAUGGCUGCGACGUACUCUGCGUCGACCUCAACCUGGAAUGGGCCAAUAAGACUGUUGAAAUCGUGAACUCGAAACCCGGUCGUGGUCGCGCGCUUGCGAUUCACGCAGACGUCACAUCUGAAGAAGACUGCAAAGCAGCGGUGCGCUUCGCAGUUGAACAGUUUGGACGACUAGACAUUUUAAUCAACAAUGUCGGAAUUGGAGGCGCGGCGGGCACUGCGGUGGAAGUCGAUAUGACGCAGUGGGCGAAAAGUAUGGAAAUCAAUGUUGCCAGUAUGGUUCAAAUGGCUAAGUAUGCCAUCCCUGAGAUGAGCCGAAAUGAGGGCGAAAUCAAAGGGAGCAUUGUGAACAUGGGAAGUGUUGCUGGGUUGAAGGGGGGUACACCUCAUCUGCUAUACCCGACUGCCAAGGGUGCCAUCGUUAACAUGACCCGUGCUAUGGCGGCUCAUCACUCGCCCGAUGGGAUUCGUGUGAACUGUGUCUGUCCAGGGAUGCUGUAUACGCCUAUGAUGUAUGGGAAGGGUAUGAGUGAAGAAGCGCGUGAGGCCCGUCGAAAACGAAGCUUAUUGGGGACUGAAGGAAAUGGAUGGGACUGUGCUGGGGCUGUUGUAUUCCUUGCUGGACCUCACGCUCGGUGGAUGACUGGUGUUAUUCUGCCUGUUGACGCAGGGACAACAGCUGCUGUAGGAAUUGGAAUGACGAAGAGCGCAAGUGUCAAUGCAUAA